GAAAGCGCACCUUUUACAGAAACGGCAUCGGUUUUGGGCGAGAGCACGUAGAAGAUGGGCACAACAACAGUGUCAUUAGUUUAAACUCCCUUUGUCUCCGUAGUUAGUUUCAAACGAGAUGUUUUUGUCUAACAUCGAUUAAUGAGCGAACGGAGGGUAUCGGGAGACGGUUAGUGUUUGUCCUCGUUUGAAGUUGGACACUGAAGUUGUAAAUAAGGUUAGCUUAGCUAGAAUCUUUCUCUGCUCGGAUCUAUCCUGCGGAAAAUAUGGUGUCCUGGAUGAUAUCAAGAUCUGUUGUGCUGGUUUUCGGAAACCUGUACCCAGCGUACUACUCCUAUAAAGCAGUGAAAACCAAAAAUGUCAAAGAAUACGUACGAUGGAUGAUGUACUGGAUUGUCUUUGCCUUGUUUACAGUAGUGGAGACGGUCGCAGAUCUAACCAUAGCCUGGUUUCCCCUUUAUUACGAGAUCAAGAUUGCCUUUGUGAUCUGGCUUCUGUCUCCCUACACAAGAGGAGCUAGUGUCAUCUACAGAAAAGCCCUUCAUCCUUUGCUGUCGUCCAAAGAAAGGGAAAUUGACGACUACAUAGUCCAAGCCAAAGAGCGCAGCUAUGAGACUAUGGUGAACUUCGGCAAACAGGGCCUGACCAUCGCUGCAACUGCUGCUGUGUCUGCUGCUGUCAAGGGUCAAGGUGCCAUCACAGAGAAGCUAAGGAGCUUCAGCAUGCACGACCUUACCCAGAUCCCACAAGACGACGGCUAUUCGUCAUACGCCUCCAACCCAGCCAGAAGAGCCAUCAUGGACCAGCCCGAUGGAGCUGAGUAUUAUCAUGGUGAUGAUGAUGACCGGAGUGAUGAAGACAGUAAGCCGGUGUUCUCAGAAGAUGAAGCCGUGUCUCAUCAUGGACUCCGACGAUCACAGAGUGUUAAAGUCACUCGCUCAAAACUCCGCAGAGAUGCACGAUAUGGAUCUUUGAAGAUCAAAGGGAGAAAAAGACCAGGCAUCAACGCCACGACUUACUCCAACAUGGAGAGCUGAACUGACUACUGAUGUGUGGGAAGGUGUGUCCACUUUAUCAGCGUAUUCACCUCUCUUCGCAAGGGCUGUGGACUCUAUUUCCCAAGUUUUUCCAUGAAUAUACCAGCAGUUCUAUUUAUUACCAGCAGUUGUGUACAUACAUUGAGCAUCUUGCGCUAGAGUAUGGGGUUUGACUGAUGGGUGAAUUUGUUUGUUAUGCAUGGCUUUAUUUGUCUGAGUUAGAUUAUCCAGAUGCCUUUAGCUUCAGUAUUUUAGAAGUGUGUCCUCCUUAUGGAUGUGGGUUUUAUAUUUCUGUUUUCAUGAAUCUUUUGCUGCCUUUUAGAUGAUGUGUUUUAAAUAGUUUUACAGCUGUAGACUGAUUCUUAAACUUGAAAAUGAUUUGUCAGCAUCAGACCAAAAGUGUCUCUUAUCAGUGAUGGAGAAAUGACCAAAGAGAACAAAAGGCAGUGUUUGCGGUAAUGUUAAGAUGCUUUAAUUCCAUUUUGUUAAAACAAAUCCAAUGUUUUCUUUAUUGUUGAAGGUAUGUGGGUUUAAAGAAACUCCUUUUGCACAUUCUUUAAAUCCUCGAUGUAAGUCCUUCACGUCUGGUCUCAGCGCAGAAUGUUCUUUAUUUGGGAGAAUGUCUACAUUAAUGAAACACCUCUGCUGUGUGUGUGAGAGUGUGUGUGCAGGUGAUGCUGUGCUGUCGUGUGACUGGAUGUGUCAUUUAAAAUGAAUGCAAUAAUAUGAAUAAAGACAGAAUGUUGUGAUGAGUCUUA